UAGCAUCCACAGUAUUGAAUGAGCACCGCUAAACUACAUUAAAUUUCCAAUCCCAAAAUUUAUUACUCUUAUAAGAAUAAAUUGGAAGACCCCACCAACUAACCUAGCAAGCCCUCCUUCUUCUCUUCUUCUUCUCGUUGUUAUUAUUUCCCAACUUCCCUGCUUUCUCUCUCAGCUCCUCUUUCAUCUCCCAAAUUAAUGCUUCAUAAAUAAAAGCAUUUGCCCUCCAAAACCUUAUUUCAAAACAUUUCAUUUCCAGUCUUCUUUCAAAUACAAUACAAUCAAACCGCACAUGGGCAAGAAAAUGAAGCUUCCUAAUUUUCUCUCCAAAAAUAAUGGCAGCACAACAUUGGCACGAUCAUCGUCUUGGCCUUGGCCUUCUUGUCAUCAAACAAGAACUCUCUCUUUUAGAACCAGUAAUAUUGUAGAAAAUAACACUAAUACUACCGAAAUGUUGAAGACCAUCAAUUCAGCCUGCAAGUUUGAGUUGCUUGAAGGUGAUUCUUCAUUGUUAACCACCACUUCUGACUUCGAUUCCUACGUGGAGAGUGUCAUCCAAAAGCUGAAAUCAGAGAGGGAGAGACUGUUUUUUGAGCCGGGUGAGACGAGUUCUAUCCUGGAAGAAGCGAAGACAGGUGGGUUUCCUUUUAAAAAGAGUGUAAUUUUGUCAAUGGAGUCUCGAGAUCCUUACAUUGACUUCAGAAAAACCAUGGAGGAAAUGGUGGAAGCUCAUGGGUUGAAAGAGUGGGAAGAUUUUGAAGAGCUUUUGAGCUGGUAUUUAAGAGUCAAUGGAAAGAGCAACCAUGGAUAUAUAGUAAGAGCUUUUGUCGAUUUGCUUCUUGCUCUCGCUUUUGCUUCUUCUUCUUCUUCUUCGUCUUCAACAACAACAACUUCAUCCUCAAGUAAAAUCAAUACAGCUACAAGUAUUUGUUCUUCCUUCUCAUUAGCUUCAGCUUGUUCUUGUUCUCGUUCUCCUUCUUCUCCCUUGUCAUUUAACUUUUCUUCAGAAGAAUCUUCUUCAACUCCAUGUACCGUUUCUUUAUUAGAAGCCGAUGAGGAAGAGGAGGAGAUUCAUAGUUAUAAUUCUCCUACUAAUCCUUGUUUAUCUUCAUUAUUAAAAGCGGAGGAUGAGAUUAAACAAAAAGAUGAUGCUUCUUGAUCAUCUUAAUCAAUUUUAAUAUUAAUUACUUUGUAUUUAUUCA